AUGAACAGGAUGAGGGAGAGUCCCAGGAGGCCGAUAAUCCUCAAGAGGAGGAAACUGCCAUUUCAGAGAAAUGAAGCUGAAGGGCCACAGAGCAAAUCUGCUACGGCACCAGGAGCGCAGUCCUUUCCAGAUGGCAUCUGCAUCAUGGACCAUCCCACAAUGCCGGACACGCAAGUGGUCGUCAUACCAAAAACCGCAGAUCUUCAGAGUGUCAUUGAUGUGCUGACUGCCAAGGGGAAGGAACACGGCGCACAGGGGCCAAACAAGUUUAUCUUGCUGAGCGGAAGCAAUGGAGCGGAGGAUGGAGUCGAAGCCCUCAGCCAUGCCACAUCAGAGUGUAAAAACAACCUCGGAUCUGAAGCAUGUGUAGCCGGAGACGCCAAACCUCUCCCAACCAGCAGAUUGAAAAAUGAACCAGACUGCAGUCCGUUAGAUGACAGCCUGACAAACAUCCAGUGGUUGGGGAGAAUGAACACACAUGUCGCUGGUGCUGAGCCAGCAAAGAAAGAUUCCAAUAAAGAGAAUUUAGAUGGCUGUGUACAGCUUCCAGAGCCACAGCAUGCAGAGGACGAAGUGAGUGCAGUGAAGGGCCCUUUGUCAGAAAGACCACCUUACUCCUAUAUGGCCAUGAUCCAGUUUGCGAUCAACAGCAAGAAAAAUAAGAAGAUGACUCUGAAGGAAAUCUAUAACUGGAUAGAGGACCAUUUCCCCUACUUCCGAAAUGUAGCUAAACCGGGUUGGAAGAACUCCAUUCGCCAUAACCUCUCCUUGCAUGAUAUGUUCGUCCGAGAGAGCACACCAGAUGGCAAGAUCUCUUACUGGACCAUUAAGCCUGAGGCAAACCGCUGUCUCACAUUAGACCAGGUGUAUAAGCCUGCGAUUGAUCCAGCGGCCCCCUCUUACCCACAAACCAUGCAAGUCUGUUACCAACAACAACAGAAGCGAGUUAUGCCUGAUCCUAAGAAAGCUACACCUUGCACCGCAGAGAGGAAAAUGAAGCCUCUCCUGCCUCGUACGGACUCGUACCUAGUGCCCAUUCAGCUUCCUCUGACUCCUUCGCUCUUCUUGCCCUCCCCGGCUGCGCUCCCUCUGUCUACCCCUCAGCAGAGUUCCAGUGCCUCCAAUCCCAUCUCCAAAGCGGGGUGCAAGAGGCUUUGCAUCGCUCCCAAGGUUCUGAAGAGUGAAUCCAGCUCUACAGUGACGUCUACCCCAGUCCCUGAAGUGAAGGAAGAGCGCGUGUGCGUACCCGUCAGUGCCGAAUCCUGCAGCAGCAAACGGAAGGAGAUGAGCAGCUCGCGUCGUAAGCAGCGUCUAGUCCCGCCUUCCACCGAGGAGCCUGUCCUGCUCUUCCCAGACAGCACGUUCUUCGACUCUGGAGUGGCCUCGGACAUCUCCGUCUUCCAGGAAGUGGAGCUAGAGGCAGAGCCCCGGCGUGACCCCCAGCUGGAAAGUGAAACCUUUAAAACGCCCAUCAAAGGGAGCCACCCGGCUUCCUCCACACCCAGCAAGGCCCUGGAGCCAUGGAGGAUCACGCCGCUGGGCAAAGGGAGCCGCAGCGUGCUGGAUUUCAGCCCGAUCCGCACACCGCAGCGGAACGAGCACAGUGGUUUGAGCUUCAGCAGCACGCCCUUCAAAGAGCUGCCGCUAUUCAGUUCACCCCGUGAGCUGCUCACUUCCUGUUCUCGAGAGCAGCAGACGGGAACCGCUAACCGCUCGCUCACCGAGGGCCUCGUGCUGGACACCAUGAACGACAGCCUAAGUAAAAUCCUGGUGGACAUCAGCUUCUCGGGGCUGGAGGAUGACGACCUGGGCAUGGCCAACCUCAGCUGGUCGCAGUUUAUUCCUGAGCUGAAAUAAGCCACAUCGCAUCCUUUUUUCUAUUCAAGCUGCUCACACGCUUUUUCACUGCCUCAGUGUCUCUGGGUUUUUUUUCCCCUUGCUAAUAUAUGCAGACAUUUUACCCUACUUUUAAUAUCUGACCCUCAGCUACACUGCUUUUUGUGCAACAGCCUGUCAACCUAUUUUCAGACGUCAGGUUUGUCAGGUUUUUUAUUUUUUUGGUUACUCUCUUUAAUCUGUUAGGAUUAAAGAGCAUUGCUUGAGUAAGAUUGUCAUGGCUGUCCACCCUGAAGCACAACGACUUGGACGUAAGCACCAUCAGCCAGUCAUAGUUCAUUUCCAAGCUAAAAAAAAAAACCUGGACACAUUCCUACAUAAGCUGCUCAUGCUGAUUUCACUGCCUCUGCUUCUUUCACAUGUGCAUGUAUUUUCAUUCUCACUGCUUUUUUGUGUAACUCCCUGUCUGUUUUCUGUAUGUAUGUCAAGUUAGAGUGUAUUUAUCACUCCAGUUCUGAAAGACAGAAGGAGUGAUGAGUGAGAAACCGUCAAAGGAAUGUAUUUAGUAAUUGACUGAUUUGCACAAUUUGUAAUAUAUAUAUGUAUAUGUAUAUGUAUUUAGGUGUUUUAAAAUGUGUAAAUUGAGUACUUAGAUUUAACAGAAUCCCCACGUAGACACUACUGCAUGUGAACUUCGUAACCCAAUGCAUUGAUGGGAAUGAAAGACCUGCAAUUCAAGCUGAUAGUUUAUUUUGUGUGGGAGCAACACAAUGGAACAAAUCUGUUAACAAGUCCUCAUAUUCAGUAGCAUAGAACUGAGAUUUAUAUUUUUACCUUAUGACUUUAACAAUCUUGUUUUGGCACUUGGUUGCUCAUAUGCCAGCAGCUUACUACUGUAUUUAUGGUGCAGGAAUUAUAGUUUCUCUAGGGCUGGGUGAUGCAAAGUAAAAUCGGUUUACAGGGAGACACAAUGCCACAACAAACUGAUAUGAAGCACAUCGAAUUUUCAUCUAAUGUACACAAAGAAAUCUGGACCCAUUGCAAAACACAACGCUGGUAAAAAUCUAGGCUACAGAUUUGCGUAAAAGCUUGAAUUAUUGAAUUACGCCAAUCCUCUCGGACAAAACAUUAACUUAAAAAUACCUUCUUUUUUUAUUUUGUUUUAAUUACUUGCUAGGGUUUCAUAUAGUUCACAGAGUAGCAGUUGUUACAUGGUGUGCUGGAUCAUCUGAAAUCACAUUCAAGUUCAUAUAAUAAAUAAUAAUAUGUUUGUGCACAUCACCCAGCCCUGGACUCUUGCAUGCAUUGGCUUUCAAUUAAAACAUUUUUGGCUGUUCGUUAUGAUCAUCACAGUCUAUGUGUAUUGUUAAAAAAAAAAUCUUAUAAAAGACUAUAAAAAAAAUCCACUUCAGCUCCUUGAUUUAUGCUUUUAGGCUUAUUGAUUUAUUUAUUUUUUUUCCACCAACAUUUGAUACAAAUAUACAUUUCUGCAUGUCAUUAAACCUCUCUACUAUAUAAAACAUUUAAAAUAUGUUUUUCCCUUUAGGAAUUUGGGAUUUGAAAUUUGGGAACAGAAUUAGAAACUUAAAAUUUUUGGUUGUCAGCCUUUUCUGCCUAUAUUCCAUCUUCUGUAUAUGCAUCAAUAAAAAAAAGACAAAACCCCUCUCCCUUACUCGAAACUGAUUACUGGAGGUGUAAAGGCAGUUGUUAAACUCAAGAAACAUUGAAAGAUUUUGUGGUAUCCAUGCCCCAUCAUUUAAGAGUCCCAUCUUAUGUAAGAAAUAAAGCAUGAUGGGACAUGCUGUUAUAUUAGUCUUAUUGAUGUUAUAUUGAAUUAUUAAAUCAAUCCACACCGGGGUGGUGUGAUACGACACCAAGCAGAGUUACUGUUAAAGUGGAUUAUUUUCCUAUUUCAGCAUGGCCUGAAGUGUUUUAUUCCUCUAAUACCACAGCGAUUAGCUUGCGCAGGAUUACAAUUUUUAAUUUAUUAAUGAACGUCACCCUUUUCAUUUUUUAGAAGCUAUAAUCAAUCAUUUGGUUUUUCUCUCUUGACUUUAACAAGACAAAAAAUGCAGCUUGAUAAGUAACCAACAAACUGGGAACUCCUCUGUCUUCAAGACGCGAUACAGUGAUAGAAGAAAUGAUAAUGUAUUAGAAGUUCAUUAAUAUGAAGCUAUCAUUCAAAUUACAGCUGGAACUGCAGUCAGUGUCAUGCUGUUGUAGGAAAUUAAUCCACACCUUCACACUUGAGAAUGUGGUAUAAACAAAUUCAGAGCUUAUAUUAUGUACCUUUGAAUAAGGAAUUCAUGAAUGCGCUGUAGAAAAGCAUAUUUUUCAUGCAAAUGUUUACUGACUUGCAACAACAGCCUUCAGUAAUUACAAACAGCCUCACUGAUUAAUGUUUUUAUUAAAAUUGUAUGUAAAUGUUUUCGUAGGCCAAACCGAACUAAAGACGACGUGGUGAGCCAUUGCAGAGAGUCCUCAUUUUCUACAGCUCAAUUUCUAUUGUCUUAAUUGAAUAACUGGUCUUAUUUGCCUUGAAUUUUGGAUUUGUGUUGGCUUGCUUUCUUUA